AUCUGGAAAAGCUGAAUCAAACUCAUACACAUGAACAUAAGAAUCUAACUUUAGCCUUCUCUAAUUAUUAUUUCAUCAGAACUUUAAAUUAGGUUCCAAAUUAAAUAAAGAAGAGUCAGAGUGAUUUUAAUAAUUAAUGCUCACCGGUUUUUAAUUGAUUUGAGUUCACUUUCAUUUCUUGCGGGCGAGAGAGAGAGAGAGAGAGAAAGCGACAAUGCCGUUGGUGAGGUUCAAGAUACGGAACGAGCUAAGCUUAGGUGGGCCGGAGAUAAACCGUAGCGCCGCCGUGGAAUAUGAGGAGCCGAAGGCGAUUCUCGGCGCUGUUGAAGUGGCUGGACUCGUCGGAAUCCUUCGUCAGUUAGGCGAUCUCGCCGAAUUUUCCGCAGAAGUGUUUAGCGGCAUACAAGAAGAAGUGACUGUUACAGCGUCUAGGUGUCAGAAACUGACAAGCCGUGUUAAACGGAUAGAGUCAGCGCUGUCACCUCUUGAAAAGGCUGUUCUUUCACAGACAAGCCACAUACAUUUUGCAUACACAGCAGGUUGUGAGUGGCAUCCUCGUAUAAGGAAUGGACAAAGACAUUUUGUUCAGAGUGAUUUGCCACUGUGUGUUAUGGAAACAUAUGAACAAUGCAGAGAUCCUCCUCCUUUACAUCUGCUUGACAGAUUUGAUGAUGGUGGUCCUGGAUCUUGUCUGAGAAAAUACUCAGACCCAACAUUUUUUAGAAAGGAAUUAAGCAAACACAGUAAAGCAGAUGAUAUCAAAGUCCAGAGAGAUCAGGCUCACCGCAAAAGAAAGAAAAAGAGGUUACCACAACGAAACAUUUGCAGAUCACAUGCAGUGUCUACGUCCGAUGAAACUAAUGGGGCUCGUCUCAGUUCUCUAACUGAUGAAAGACCAACCACUUCUCAGAGUACAUCCACAGUUGACAUGGCACGUAGCUCUAAUAUGCAGGAUGUAUCUGAUACUAUAGAUGCGCAAGUACAAAGUGAAGCACAAGUACAAUCAAAACCUCGUGAUUCUAUAACUGGUUCAGGUUAUAUCGAGUAUGUCAUCAACCAAAGUCCUGUUAAAAAGCCUGGAGUGAACCUAGUUGAGGGAUCUCUGUCUGGUUCCUUACAACCUGCUAAUAGAAUAGUUUCAUCUGUUCCUGAAGACUGCAUUGAAGUUGUGGAUGAGAAUGUACUAUAUAGCCCUUCAGAAGACAUACCUGUGCCUCGUGCUACUAUUGUCUGUGAUGAGAAGAAGGAAACACUUGAAUUGAGAGUUGAGGAAAGUAACAAAGAUGAAGCAGCGUCGGAGAUACAUGAGUCAAAGUUCGGUCCAGGAACACCAGACAGGGUGAGGCAAAACCAAAGGGACUUUGGUAGGACAUAUGAUUUCUUCGACGAGGUAGAUGUCGUGGGAGAAACGCAAAGUAAGAGCCAGGCCAACAGUAUUGAUGGAGAACCAGGAAUUGAGAACGAAGGAGAAGAUGAGAGUGAGCAAGGGAGUGAAGCAGAUGAGUUUGUGGAUGCACGUAAUACAAUUGAAUCUGAAUCAGAGAGUGAGCAUGAUGGAACACCAAAACCGAAACUGGAGCAUUAUUUUGGAGAUAUUAGCACUUACUGUUCAGAAGAUGCUAACAGUGAAAACAAUGAUGGAUCAGAAGAUAUACCAUAUGAAAAAAUGGCAGAAGAUCCACGCCAUGACAACUCCCUAGAUGAAACUUGUUCAGGUUCCUACCUUCCUGAAGAUGCAAUUUUUUCCUGUUGGCUGUCAGAUCCAGUGUAUGGGCAAACUCUGUCUCAUGAUGAUGAGACUUUUCAAAAGCCAAGGGAAUUUUUUACCAUGUCUGAAGAAGCCGUUCCUGAUGUAACAGUUUUGAGAGAAGAACCUGUUGCCGCACAUACCUUGGUGGUAGGAAACUGUGCUAAUGAAAACAUCUCCUCUGAUGAAUGUAUUUCGUCAGAACCGUCUCUGAAAGAUGCUAUUCCUGCUGAAAAGAUCUUGCCAGAAGAACAUUCAGCAAACUAUCCAUCUCUUGCAGAAGCUGUUCCCCACGAAAAGAUCUUGCCAGGAGAGUCUGUUGCCAAAUGUCCAUCUUUUGCAGAAAUUUUCCCCCAAGAAAAGAUCUUGCCCGAAAUAUCUGUGGUAAAAGCUAUGCCUGACAGUAUGACCUCUGCAGAUACUGAUCAUCCAUCAUUUCCCAAAGCUGUUCAAGAGAAGACAGUUUCACAAGAAGUUCUUGAUUCGAAAAAUUUGCCUGUACCAGAGGCUUUUUCACAAGAGCAAAUCUCACUUGAUGAAAGGUUCUUGACAGAAGAACCUGCAACUACAUGUCUGCCUUUGACAAAAGCCAUGCCUAUCGAAAAAUUAUUGCCAGAAUCGUAUCAUUGUUUGGCAGAAUCGCCUAGAGAAAAGAUCCUGCAAGAGAAAUCUGUUGAUUCUAUACAUCCAUCUUGUGCCAAAGAUGCUCCAGAAAUAAAUUUAUCACCAGAAGUUCUUGAUUCCACAAAUUUGUUUGUGGAAGAAACUGCUUCACAAGAGCAAAUUGGACUUGAAGAAUUUGUUGGCAUAGAUCCUUGUAUAACAGAAGCUGUUCCGUAUGAAAGGGUUUUGCCAGAAGAACAACCUGUCACCACAUGCCUGUCUUUGACAAAAGCAGUGGCCGCUGAAAAGGCCUUGCCAGAAGAGCUUUUGGAAAUAUAUCCUUCUUUCGCAGAGUUGCCGGAAGAAAAGAUCUCGCAUGAAGAAACUGAUAAUGCUACACAUCCAUGUGAAGGUAGUGAUGUAAAAAUCUCACCGGAAGGUUAUGAUUACACGAAUUUGUCUCCAGAAGAAGCUCUUCCACAUGAGCAAAACCCACUUGAAGAAUUUGUUGGCAUAAGUCCGUGUUUGGCAGAAGCUAUUCCUGAUGAAAGGUUCUUGCCAGAAGAACCUGUCACCACAUGUCUCUCUUUGACAAGUGCUGCAACAAUUGAAGAAGUCUUGUCAGAAAAACCUAUGGAGACAUAUCCUUCUUUCGCCGAAUUGCCUGUAGAGAAGAUUUUGUAUGAAGAAGCUGAUGAUGCCACACAUCUAUCUCUUUCUGAAGCUGUUAGUGAUGAACAAUUAUUACCAGAGGUUUCCACAAAUUUACCUGCGGCAGCAGCUAUUCCACAAGAGAAAACCACACUUGAAGAAUUUGUUGGUAUAGAUCCAUGUUUGGCAGAAGCUGUUCCUGAUAUGAGGGUUUUGCCUGAAGAGAAUAUUUUGCAUGUAGAAGCUGAUGAUGCCACACAUCCAUCUCUUUCUCAAGCUGUUAGUGAUGAACAAAUCUCACCAGAAUCCACAGAUUUGCCUGUGGCAGCAGCUGUUCCACAAGAGAAAAUCACACUUGAAGAAUUUGUUAAUACAGAUCCAUGUUUGGCAGAAGCUGUUCCUGACAAGAAGGUUUUGCCAGAAGCACCUGUUACCACAUGCAUGUCUUUCACAAAAGCAGCAGUGUCUAUCGAAGAAGUCUUGCCAGAAAAACCUUUGGAAGAUUAUUCUUCUUUGGAAAAACCGUCUAGCGAUAAGAUCUCGCAAGAAAAAUCUGAUGAUGCCACACAUCCAUCUUGUGCCAAAGAUGAAAGUGAUGAAGACGUCUCUCCAGAAGUUCUUGAUUCCAUAAAUUUGUCUGUGGCAGAAGCUAUUCCACAAGAGGAACCCGCUCUUGAAGAAUAUGUUGGCGUAGAUCCGUGUUUGGCAGAAGCUGUUCCAUAUGAAAGGGUUUUGCCAGAAGAACCUGUCACCACAUGCCUGUCUUUGACAAAAGCCUUGUCAGAUGAACCUUUGGAAGUGAAUAAUUCUGUAUUAGAAUUACCAGAAGAAAAGAUCUCGCAGGAAGAAGAAUCUGACGAUGCCACAAAUCCAUAUUUUUCUGAAGCUGUUGGUGAUGAAACGAUCUCGUCACUAGAAGGUCCUUGUUCCACGCAUCCAUCUUUGGAAGAAUCAGUUCCACAAGAGGAAACCUCACAUGAAGAACCUGUUGGCACAAAUCCGUUUAUGGAAUCAGCUUUUUCCAACGAAAUUAGUUUUCUAGACGAACCUGGCGUCACAUUCUUGCCAGAAGAACCCUUACUUACAUAUCCAUCUUUGGCAGAAGCUGUACCUGAUGAAAAGAUCUCUCUAGAAGAACUUGAUGGCACAUGUCCACCUUCUGUAGAAGCUGUUUCUGAUGAAAAGAUCUCAGGCUCAGAAGCUCCUGCUUACACAACAGAAGAUGAUUCUCCACACAACAAAACCUUCUCUGAAGAACCUGUUGUCACUGAUAUGUCAUUGACUGAAACUAUUUUGAUUGAAAAUUUCCCCGGCUUAGAAACUCCAGGUUCCAUUACAGAAACUGGUCCACACGACAAAACCUUCCCUGAAGAACCUGUUGCCACGUAUCUGUCCUUGGUAGAGCCUGUUCCCGACGACAACAUUCCGCCAAAGGAAACUGCUGCUGCAUAUCUGGAUUUCGCAGAAGGUAUCCCAGACCAGAAAGUAUUUUUGGACGAUGCCGCGUUUUUAUCUUUUGCAGAAGCUAUUUUCGAUCAAAAGUUCUCACCAGAAGUUCCGGAUUCCACGUAUCCUUCUUUGACUCAACCAGAAAUGACUACUGCACCACCAUCCUUGGUUAAAGAAGCUGAUUCUGCUGAUAGAGCAAUUCCACCGAGUGGUGGCACUGUCACGAUUUCUCCAGAUACUCAGGAAUCUCUGUCAAAUGGUACAAUGGUCGAAUCAGUAAGUAUAUGGAGCAAUGGGGGACUCCUUGGACUUGCGCCAUCGAAACCUCCAGUGUUUGCUGAGCCUAGUUCUGUAAGCGAACAUCUACAGAACGAGAUCAACGAAGCUAGCGUUCUUGCUACAAGGAAGCAGGAAGCUACUGAGAAGAGCUCACUUCCAUUAGUGGUUUCAGAUCCCACCUCUCAACAACAAAGCAGCAUGCUGAGUCAUUCUAAUGGAUCUCUCUCUGACCUGCACAGCACUGCAACAUCAUUCAAAGUCUUUGGCUUAAGUCAUAGAUUACUCAUGGCUGGCUUUCGCGGAAACACUUCUUCAACUUGCAAAUUUGAGUCCAUACCUACCACUAGCUAUGGUACCAAAGUAGCAGCUAUCGAAGACAAGAAGACUCAACAGCAAACUCCCCGUGGCUCAAGCUUCGAGGAGCAACUGGAUUAUGAGUCAUCUCUACUUGGCUCCCCUACUUCAUCACCACCGGUUCAACAUAUGAAAAUAUCAUUCAACACGAUUAAUCCCUCUCCAGUUUCCAAAUUGAAACUGAGAAUCCCUUGCCAACCUCAGCACACCGGUGAAAAUGCGGAUAUGUUCCCUUCGUUUCAGUUGGUUCCAGAGGCUAGCAACUCUGAUGAUGACGACAACAGCGAUAUCUUUUGUCAGUCAUCUCCUUGUGUUUCAGACAAUUGCUUGUCGGAUUCUGAGCUGUGGGAAUCUGAUGAAAGCCCUAGAAGAUCUGCAUCAAGCUCGAAAGAAGUUGGAGAGAGGAUUUCACAUGGCGAUAUGGGUUCUUUUUCCGGUUCGUUUCUUGAUCUUCCAUGUUUCGACUCUGUUGAUCACCAGUCAACUUCUUCAAGACCAAAGCAAGACCAAAAGCAAGAACAAGAACAAGAACAAGUUGUAGAAUAUAUACCAUCUGUUUCAGAGAUCAUACGUGAUUGGCCACCAAACCAAUCAAAAAGCAGUUCCAGCAACGAAGCAAACGCAAACGCUGUUCUGAAGAAUACGCAAAAUCAAUCCGUCGGGCCGUAGCUGCAGAUGACGACGGUGAAAGAUAAAAAACAAAAGGAAUCUAAUUGAUUCCUUGUACAUUCCGCUCUGUGAUAUCAAAUUUCUUAUUUCAUGUAAUACAAACAAACACUAUUUAUAUAAAUAUAAUCAGAAAAUUAAAUUGAUGCUCGGAAAAAAAGAUAAAUAAAUUAUUUAAUUACCGCAAUUUUUUUCGCAUUUUUAUCAAAUUACACUUUCUUGUCGUAUAUAAGAAAACAAACAAUAGAGAUGACAGUUAAAUAACGAUCUUUGAGGUGGUAGAAGUCGCCGUCAUCAUAUUUAGAAGGUGACGUCAGGAACGAUUCCGAGCUCCUUGAAAGCAGCGGGACACUCAGCUAACGGCGUCUUAACCAUGAAACCGAGAGGGUUAACGAUACGUGUCUCGUGGGAGACGAUUCCGUCGUUCGCCGUCAGGCUGAUCUUAGCGGCGUUACGUAGGUAAGCCUCUUUACUGACGUCACUGCAGCCACUGUCUGGUGACUGGACGAGCACGAGCUCGCAGACCUCCUCCUCGUGGUCACCGGUCACUUGCAUUUUGUAGCUCCCUGUUUUGUCCGUUACGGCUUCUUUGGUCAACGUUACGGUUCCGUUUGCUCUGCUCCUGCACUCUAGCUUCACUUUCGCGCCUUCA